AUGUCCGGACCGACCGCUACGGCCCUUGCUCACACGCGACGGGUUUGCACGCUGUACAAAAAGUCGCUGCGCAAUCUGGAAUCGUGGUACGACAGAAGACACAUCUUCCGCUACCAUGCUACGCUGAUGCGAGCACGCUUCGACCAGCACAGAAACGAAAAGGACCCGGCAAAGGUGGCUCAGAUUGUGGCCGAUGGCGAAAGGGAAUUGUUUGAAAAGCAGCACUACCAACCGAAGAAGUUCCCGAUGUCUCCGGGAGGUGUUGCAUUCGAACGUGAAGUGAUUCCUCCGGAUUGGGUUCUUGAUUAUUGGCACCCGCUGGAAAAGGCACAGUUCCCCGACUACUUUGCUCGACGUGAAAAACGCAAGGAAGAAUAUGUCGUUUGGUGGGAAAAGCAGUACGGCAAAUCGUCGGCCAACGAUUCCUCUUCCCAUCAUUAA